AGAGAAGAAGAAUUAUCACCUAAACAUAAAGGGGGGAGAUAGAGAAUGCAGACCAAUUCGUGUUCUUGACGAGAGUGGGAGUGGGCAUACUUCAUUUGUUCUGUUUAAUAAAGAAUGCAGCUAGCUAUUGGGUGUGAGUGUGUUCUUGCUCAGGGAGGCUAUGGUUGAGAGAAAAAUGGAUCCAAAUGCUCUUUCGCAAGAGUUGGAUGGAAUCGUUAGUCAAAGAGCUCUUUUCAAGGUUCCUAGAGAAAGAGGCAGGCUCACCAACUAAGCACCAUAGCCGUAUUUCCAAUGUUGGACAAAUGGUGACUAUUGAUCAAAGAAUUGUGGUCAAGUAUUCCGAUGUUGUUGAAGGAACUGCUUUUGAUGAUUUUUGGGAUAGUGUAGAAGACCUAAGUCAGACAGUGGAAAAGAUUGGUUCAAAUGACGUUCUUGGUAGUCAGAGCAGUUGCAGUAGUUCAAGGAAGGAGUUAAAAGUUGAAGAAGACAAUCCAAUCAAGAGAAGACGGUUUGAAGAGAACUCAAAUGACAAAAAAGAGAAAAGGCUCUAAACAAUCAAGGUCGAAAAAUAGAUGCAUGAACUGAUUACGUGUGUUGUGGACUUAAUCAAUAAGGUGUUUGGCGUUUUCAUCAAACUUUUUUUUCUAUCUUUCACCAUAUCCAGUGUCCACUUAUUUUGUGGAAGCAUGUAACAAAACUUAUUCCCAUUG